CAGGCUAUGGCAAGGAAAGGCAUUGACGAUACUAUUGUAUUUGUAGCUGUCUAGCUGGAUGAGGGUGGAUCUCCUCUAUCCGGCAUAUGUGUGUGGGCUCGCUAGUGCGGGCCAACCAGGAGCGGGGCAUAUUGGAGCCCGAGGCCCUCCAACAGGACAUGGUAUCCAUCGGCGGUGGUCUUAUGGGAGUGGAUUAGGAUAUACCUAUUCGUGGAGCUCUUACAGCCUCCAUGGGCGGUUCCACACUCCAGCUCCCAGACAAGAGAAACGGCCUUGGGGUCGACGUCUGUCUGCAGCCACAGCAAGUCAAGGCGCUUAUCGAGCCGUUGGAGAUUGAGAGGGGAUCCGUUCGGUGUACAGGAUACCUUGCAUUGCUCUGUUUGCUUCCAGCGCAGUUCUUCCAAAGCCAUGCGUUGCAGCUUAUUGGUUCGGCCACAGUUCAAGAUCGUGAAGAUGGACAGGGCAGUACUCGAUCGGUCCAGAUACCAUUGGAGUGGUCUCUGUAGGUUUGAGUGCGGCGGCAGGAUGCACCACCUCAUCCGCCAGUUUCCGCCUAUAUGAUGAGAGAGAUAUUAGACGC